CCCCGGUGCCGGAUCGAGGCAGACGAAAACAAAACAAAACAAAACAAGACAGAUCGCCGAAAUGUCGGAUUCUGCGGCGUUGGUUCCGGCGGGGAGAAAGAUCGGCCGGAGGGGCGUCCGCGGCGCGAAGGGUGCCUUUCGAGACCAAACGGAACCUUCCGGGCGGCGGGCACCGCAUACUCGCCGCGUUCCCUCCGUGGCAAUGGCAACGGCAAUGGCGCUUCUCCCCCUCGCUUUGGUUUGCCUCCCCGACCCCGCCCGGGCCUUUGCGGCGCACGGGGGUCGGCCGCCUCCCCUGCUUGCCCUCCGGGCCGUUCCCGGCGACGGACCGGGGGAGGACGACCAGCGCAAGAACGGGGCCUGGACGCCGAACGACUUUUUGGAGGGCGUGAAAAACUUUUUUGCGGGGAACACCGAGUCACCGUUCUCGUCCUUUUCCUUUUCUCCCACCUCCUAGUUCUUCCGGGCGGGGCCGCCACAAGAACCCUUGGGCUGCGGACCAGCGGGGGCGGAAAGCAGCAGCAACGCGAACGGCAGCAACGACAUCGGCAACUACUACGGCAGCGACAACAACCUCGACUGCGACGACGACGGCUACGGCGACGAGCUGCCCGCGGGGACCUCGCUGCUGGUAAGAAUCCCCGCCAAACAGCUCAAGCCGGGCGGUCUCCGGCUCUUUCUCAUGUUCUACCUCAUGGGGAUGCAGAACACCCCCGACCAGAACACCUGGAGGGCCGACCAGAAACUCAUGUCGGUGAACGUAACCCCCAAGACGUUGCCGGAGGGCGUGGGCGGCACCGAGACCGAAGACGAACCCACCGAGCGCAGGUACGUUCUCGAAAUGCUCUACGACCGGGACCGGACGGGGAUGCUCCAGAUCGAGCUCCUCCCGCACCGGACCGGCCCGUCCGGGGGGGUCCGUCCCGCCGAGGUGCGGAUCUACCGCUGCGGGAGCCGGCCGUCGACGUCCUACCUGAUGCAGGAGUCGGUCGUCGUCGACGGGGUCCUGGAAGAGCUGCAGAACCUGUCGGGUGGCGGGAGCGAUGGCGAGCCGGGCGGAGACGGAAGCGAGCCGGAGAUCGCCGAGGAAGACCGGCUGCUGAUCCCCGAUCCGGAACACGCGAUCGCGGACGCGAGGGAGUCCCUGGCCUUUGGGUAGACCGGACGGGCCGCGGGCCACGACAGCAACAUUUGCUUUGCCGACAAACAAUCCACCAAGGCCGGUUCACGGAUCCAGCAAGGCACGCGGCGGGUUUGGUACCAAAAGGUGCCAAUCGCCGCGAUCGCGCCACCCCUCCUCGCAGUGCGUACCGCACGGGGUUCUUUCUUUGCGGGCGUGUGAAUUUUCUCGCAUCACACGAGCACUGCACUCUAGGCUACUACUAAAACGACUUUUAAGAUAUUGUUCUUUGACGAGGAAAAGAUAAAGCUGGUGAAAUCCGUUUCAAAAGAAAAUUUUUCUACCGAGAGUAUAUUUCGUUUUUGGUGACAAUGCAGCAUUCUCUUUUUGCGGUGGUAGGACGUACAUUGAGUGUUGGACACAGAUUUCCAAACCAGGGAUGAUUGGAUUGUCAAGUUGUAUCCUCCGUAGAUGCAUCUGUUUGUUUGCUUCCAACUUGGGCUGCUGGUGAUCCAGCAAAAACUGGCGAUGCAACUGCUGAAUCAAUAAUAUCAACUGCAGUAU